GCUAAGAGCACAGAGAGUCAGAGAAAGAGAGAGCGAGUGAGAGAAGGCAAGGGCACUUGAGCUAUCCGAGUCAUUCGCAGACCUUUUCUGACGAUCGCAUCACUUCUUUUGUCAAACUCCACUCGCUUUAUUCCUCCGACUACAGAAAUUCAUUCCGAAAAGUGGCUGGAUUAAUUUACCAAGGGAUAUUUAGAAGAUAUAGGCUGUAGGUAAUUAUUGUAAUCAAGACUCUGUUCAGUGUUCAAUCGGAAACGCAACUACCUCUACUACUCGGGGUAGAUUUCUGUCUGGCACCUCAGCGGCUCCAGUUUUUGGAUUUGCUCAUUCGCUUUGGAUCUGUUUUAAGAGGAUCCUUUCCUUCUCUCGUAACGUCUAAAUCUAUAUUGGAAGAUCACAUCAUGUGCAGACGGUUAUGAUAUUUAGAAGAUAGGGGAUAAAAAAAAAACAUAGACACCGGCCUUUGUUAUAAUUGAAGCGUUUUUGCUCUCGGAUCAAGGGUUGUGUGGAUUAUUUUUUUUUUCUAAAGAAAACGGGCGAGCUUCGUUUUUUUCCCUCAUGGAUAUAAUAAUUCUAGUAUUUUACCAGGAUAUUUAGCCUACUGGCUCAGAAUACCACAAAAAAAAAUCAUACUCAUAACCAUACGCGCAAAGUAAUGUUACAAUGUUUUUCUUUAUACAUAGCACACUGAUGGAAUGGAACGAAUGUAGCAUUUAAUGUUCACAGUAGCCUAGCUCUACAUUGUAACAAUUUAUCUAUGCUGCUAUUUUGUAUUCUAGAUGCUCAGCGUUCCUACAUUGACAUUAAGAUUUAUGUUUCGAUAUAGCUGUGUAUUAGCAGUAGGCCUAUUAUAGUGUUAUAAUACCGUUAAGGUGAUGGUUAAUUUCUCCUUGCAGAGAAGGUUACUAUCACGGCAGGAGCCUUGACAUUUUUUUUUUGUGGGGUUUAGUUUUGAGAAAAUUAGACUGGCGUAUGCUACAGAUUUUCUUUGCUUCUCCACCUCCCAGUUUCUCCAUAAUAAUAUCUCAGGCUGCUUGUCGUUGCCUGGACUCGGAUCCCGGAAUCUUCAUGAUUUGCGGACAUCAUGCUCGUUUUUUAGCCGGGAAACCCUCUUUUCGUCCCGCAUGUUUAGGACCAAACGAACGGGGCUCGUCCGGCGACUCUGGAGGAGCCGUGCGCCCGUCGAGGGCGACGGGGAGGCGGAUACACGAACGCAUGGAUCCGGGGGUUGCUGUAUGGGUAAAUCGACGAAGGUUGCCGGGAAAACUAGCGCCGGAACGGAGGCUGAAUUGAAAGCCCUGACCCACUCGAUACUGAAAAAAAUCAAAGAGAAACAAUUAGAGGGGCUCUUGCAAGCGGUGGAGUCAAAGGGGGGUGCACGGAGCCCCUGCCUGCUCCUACCCAGCAAAGUGGACACCAAACUGGGUCAGCAGUCUUAUUCCCUCCCCUUGCUGCUCUACAAAGUGUUUCGGUGGUCGGACCUCAGGCAUUGCUCGGAAUUAAAAAGGCUACCUUGCUGUGAAUCCUAUGGGAAAAUUAACCCAGAACUCGUUUGCUGCAAUCCUCACCACAUGAGCAGGCUUUGUGAACUCGAGUCUCCCCCUCCGCCUUAUUCCCGAUACCCAAUGGACUUUCUUAAACCACCCGAUUCACUAGACUCGGGGCCUUCAUCCACUGAGACUGGAGGAACUACCUACUCGGCCCCCGUGGGGCUCUCAGAUUCCCAGGCUCUCCAGGAGUCGGGUGACAGAUCCCACUGGUGUGUGGUUGCGUACUGGGAGGAGAAGACACGCGUGGGGCGCCUCUACUCGGUCCAGGAGCCUUCCCUGGACAUCUUCUACGACCUACCUCAGGGGAACGGCUUCUGCCUGGGCCAGCUCAGCUCCGACAACAAGAGCCCGCUAGUUCAAAUGGUGCGGACCAAGAUUGGCUACGGCAUCCAGCUGAGUCGCGAGCCCGACGGGGUGUGGGUGUACAACCGCAGCUGCUACCCCAUCUUUAUCAAGUCGGCCACACUGGACAAUCCCGACUCGCGGACUUUACUGGUGCAUAAAGUGUUCCCCGGAUUCUCCAUAAAGGCCUUUGACUUUGAGAAGGCAGACAGCCUGCAGAGGCCUAACGAUCACGAGUUCACACAGCAGCCGAGGACUGGGUUUACUGUACAGAUCAGCUUUGUGAAGGGCUGGGGUCAGUGCUACACAAGACAGUUUAUUAGUAGCUGUCCCUGUUGGCUGGAGGUCAUAUUCAACAACCAAUAGCAGCAAUGGAUUAACCUUCCUCUCCCGAGGAGUGUACCGAGGACAACGGUCUAGUCCUUUACUUAUGCUUUUUUUUCUUUCUCAGAAGACAAGAGGUUUAAAAAAUAUUAAAAAAGCUGUUUAAAGAAAAACGAAGAGACAAGCAAACCCCAAUGAACUUGUUUAAUAUGACAAAUUACUCUAAGAUUGAAUUAAAAGUGAAAUAAAAAAAGCGAAAAUGUAUUUUAUGUUAUAUAUAAAUAUAUUAUUACUUGUAAAUAUGAAGACGUUUUAUAUGCAUCAUUAUUUAUGUAUUGUGCAAUGUGUUGAUGAGGAAAAAUUAAAUAAGAUGCACUUUGCUUAAUAUAAAUGCAAACAAAGAAAUGCCAAAAUAAAAAUACAAAUCAAUGUUU